AUGGAUUUCAUCAGACUGAAUGCGCUCUAUCUCGGAGGCGCGCUCGUCUGCGUUGCGCUGGCGCGAUACAUUUACGCGGGCCUCACCAAUCCGCUCUCAAACAUCCCGGGGCCGUGGUACACACGAUUCACGACUCUAGUCUCAACGUACUUCGUCAUCACGGCGCACCACCCGGACUGGGUGCAUGCACUGCACGAAAAGUAUGGGCCAGCCGUGCGCAUCAGUCCGCAUGAGGUCGACAUCUCGGAUGCGCCUGCAUGCCAGCGCGUCAUCCACAGUGUCAAGGGCGGCUUCCUCAAGUCGCCCUUCUACUCGCUCCUCAUUACCGACUCGUCCAGCGUUUUCAACGAGAUUCGCCCCGAGAUCCACCGCAAAUAUAAGCGCUUGUUGUCCAACCCAAUGUCUGAGACGGGCCUCAAGACCUUCCUGCCCCGCAUCGACGGCAAGGUGCGCCUCGCCAUUGAGCGCAUCCGUGAGGAGAACAAGACCCGUGGCGCGGCAGAUGUUGCCAAGUGGUUCAUGUUCCUCUCAUUUGACGUUAUUGGCGACUUGACUUUCGGGGAGGGUUUCGGCCAGUUAGAGAGUGGGCAGCAGGGCGAGGACACGAAGCCGACUGUCUUCUCGAGGCUCUACACGGCUGGCGCCGAGGAUACCUGGUCGCCCAUUGAGAUCCGCGAUAAUGCGCAGGUCUUCAUUGUUGGUGGCAGCGACACCACCGCCAACUCAAUGAUCUAUCUCAUCUGGUGCAUCUGCAAGCUACCCGAUGUCAAGUCCAAGCUCCUCAAGGAGCUCGCCACUAUCCCCGAGGACUUCAGCUACGACGACCUUAGGGAUAUGCCGUACCUGAACUGGUGCGUGAAUGAGACGCUGCGCCUAUACAAUGCCCUGCCGUGCGGCCUACCGCGAAUAGUGCCUGAAGGCGGCGUCGAGCUUGCAGGACAGUUCAUCCCCGGUGGCGCUCUCCAUCGAGAUGAGGAAGCCUUCCCUGAUCCGUAUCGGUUCAACCCCGACAGGUGGGAGCACACUACGCAGGAUAUGCGAGAUUGCACUCUGCCUUUUGGCGGCGGCGCGAGAAGUAGGUCAUGUGUCCAUCAUCACGGAGACAUUAGCUGGCUUUUUUCAUCAUGGUACUGA